AUGACUUCCACAUCGAAAGCGUGGGACCACUCGGUCGACGAAAGAAUCGGACACAUCGCCAAAGGCCUUCACAACAACCCCAAAUUCAGCCAAAAGGAAGUCCCAGGUCUCCAAGCUCUCCUCGAUGACUACAUCAACGACGACGUAGACGUUGACUACGUCCAAUUCCUCCGUAGGCUGCUCCAGGUCUUCAAGGACUCGAAAACCGAUGGGGCAUUCUCCAAUAUUCUCCACAAGCACACUGACGAUGAGCAAAAGCGCAUCAAGAGGUUCCUCGUCGGAGAUGAUCCCAAGAAGAUCAGCGACGGCUUCCAUAUGGGACCGAGUCUGGGGUGCCGGGAGGAGUUGGCGAGACUGCAUGAGGCGGACUGCGUUAUCCAGGUUGGUGCGCAGGGUAUCAAGAAGCUCAAACAGCCUUUUCGUGCGCUUGCUGUUAAGGAAAGGGCGCUUCUCCAUAACACGUUGAGCAAGAUGGAGAACUUCAUCGAGGGUAACAAAGACGAGCUGCGGGGAGCUGGUAUCGUAGUGUACUACAAGACGGAGUUCCAGAACUGGGGUUUGACUGUUAAGAACGUCCCGGCACUCACCUGUGUGCCGAAGACGUCUCAGGAGGUCCAGCUUAUUGUGAAGUAUGCAAAGGCCCACAACAUGGGCGUGCGAUGCUCAGGUUUCCGUCACUCGUGGUCUCCAGUCUUUGCAGAGAACGGCUACGUUCUCAUUUCCCUCCUCGGCCUUCACGAGGUCACCAAGCUGCCCAACAUCACGGCUCUCCCACUCCCAGAGCCCGCAGCCAACGACCUCCAAACAAUCAGCAUG